AUGGCAUCCAAAAUCUCACUCACUCCUCUCUCAUCCCUCCGAGUCUCCAAACACAUGAUACCCGCUCACGACCUGCUGCCAAACACCAGCAUCCAGAACAAGCCGCUGAUGAUCUACCACGCGGCGUUUCCCUCGGCCAGCGCUUCCGCCAUCGAAUCACAUCUUUCCUCUGUCGGCGUCGUCGAGCCGCAAUGGCGGUACACCAUGUACAGCACCAGCCACUUCCACAGCACCACACAUGAGCUGCUGUGCAUCAGCAACGGUCGCGCUAAGCUCUGCUUCGGAGGCGAGGAGAACGAAGGCCGAGUUGAGCCGCUUGUUGAGAAAGGAGACGUUAUUGUUGUUCCAGCUGGGGUCUCUCACCGAUUGAUGCAGGAUGUCGACGGAGGAUUUGAGAUGGUCGGGAGUUAUCCCAAGGGACACAACUGGGAUAUGUGUUACGGAAAGAAAGGGGAGGAGAGAAAGGUUCAAAGUAUCAGCAAGGUCGAUUGGUUCACCAAGGAUCCUGUGUAUGGCAGCAGCGGCCCGGUGUUGGAUGUAUGA